GUAAAAUGUUACAAGUUUUUUUUUUGAACAACUAACUUGUCUUCUCAAGACAAGAAGUUAAAAGUAAAUCACAAUUAAAAAUAASACUAUUGUUUUUUGUUUGUAUAGGCAUUUUUGAAUAGAUCUAUUCUCAAUUUUGACAAUUCUGUCAUGUUGAUAGGAAUAACAACUUAAAACUUAACAAUAUUAUUUAUACUACAGUUCACAUUACUUAAUUCAUUUUGAUGAAAAUCACUCGGUAAUAGGUUUGUAAUCUAAGGGAUUAAGUGAAACGAUGAGAAAAUACCAACAGUUGCUUUUGGUGMUCGUGUCAUUUUUCAGUGUCUUUACACUGUUGUUGUACAGGUAUGAAUAUAUGCAGCUUUUGAAUGUCUUGGAAGUGCUUAAUUUUUUUGGUUACACAGCUGACAACAUAACAAAUUGUGUUCUACUGGAGGAUAAGUUCUAUGUGGAUCUGGAUAACGAUAAUUUGUUAGCGAAACCACCUGUAUUUUGGAUCAAACACGAUCAGUACUAUGCGUAUUCUGCCUUCUGGUCCUCUCAAAAACAGUCUGUUAAUUUGCUAAUUUUGGGCCCAAGAUCAGGAUUCUCUGAUUAUGAAUGUCGUGUGUGGUUUAAAAUGGCAGAUCAAUUUAUUUCCAAGCCAGCAAAACUUUCGUAUAGUAUUAAAACUAAUAAUCACGAUCCAAAUUUUCAUCAAUAUGAGGUUCAUUGCAAGCCUGAAAACAUUCCUACCAACACUGAACCAUAUGGAGUUUUACUGGGACGUGAAMAUUUUUUAAAACUGUUCAUACCAAUCAAUAUUCAAAAAGAAUCUCUCAUCAAAGAUGAUCUGAUUAUGUGUAUUGCACCAGAUUAUUCCGGCAUUUCUGAUACAUAUCUUGUGGAAUUCAUUGCAUAUCACUCACUAUUGGGUGUUCGUCAUUUUGUUGCAUAUGAUAUUGGCAUACACUAUAAAGUUCUUCAAUUUUUACGUUCAAUUGCUGGCCACAGAGACAUGUACAAAACUUUUUCCACACUCUCUUGGCAGUUCCCUACGACAGAUUUACAAUUAGAAAGGUCAAUUUUACUAAAAGAUUGUAUACAAAGAACACAAGGUCUUGCUAAACAUAGUAUUUUAUUAUCAUGGAAUCAGUACUUGAUACUAAACAAGGAUAAACUUAAUUCCUUAAAGAACAACAUAGACUAUACAUUUGAAAUGAAGAAAUGUUGUAAUAACCGGCAGUUAAAAAAAUCCUGGCCCAUGGCUAUGAAGAAAACAAUAUGUGAAAAGACCAACAAGACAAUAAAUACCAUCAUUGAUGAUCAAACAAUGAAUCACCAACCACCAACAAAAAUGGGAUCAAUACAUAGCUUGGAAGAAAUAUGUGAAAAAAACAGUGGUAAAGAUGAUAAAAGUAUGGCAAAGUAUUUAAUAAAUUUUGUUAAUAGUAAACUGUUGAUGUUAUGGAAAUCUCAAUUAAGAUUUUCUAUUACUCAUAUAACCAAUAACAAUGUGAUUAAUCUGUAAAAAUUAUUCUUGAAUUUAUUUCGACUGUAACAUUUAAAAAUUAUAUGCAUAAUAUAUUUUUUUUAAAGGAUAUUUUAUACAAAAUCAAAUAAAUAUUACUAUU